AAUUCUGCAAUCGUAGCUGGUGUUUGAGGACUAAUUUGAGUCACAAACAUGAAUCAAAUAUCAUCCCAUUUCUUCAUCACCGGUAAGUCGGUAACCGAAAGCUAUACAUACACACAGACUAAUAGAUACAGAGAGAGAUGCAAGGCGGAAAGGACAGUGUUGAAAACCCCAACGCCACAAAACCCAGGGUGGUGUGUUGCAUAGGAGACAUCCACGGCUACAUAGCCAAGCUCCAAAACCUCUGGUCCAAUCUCGAAUCCCUCAUUGACCCAUCGGAUUUCAAAUCUGCCCUAAUCAUUUUCUUGGGCGAUUACUGCGACAGAGGACCAGACACCGGGCGAGUGUUGGAUUUCUUGAUUUCCUUACCCUCAAAGUAUCCAAAUCAGUCCCACGUUUUCCUAUGCGGGAAUCACGAUCUUGCCUUCGCUGCAUUCCUGGGCGUCCUCCCUAAACCCCCGGACGGCUCCGCUUUCGCCGACACGUGGAAGGAGUUUGAGAUGAGUGAGGAGAGGGAAGGGUGGUAUAAGGGCGAGGGGUAUGAGAAUAUGCAUGUUCAGGGGAGGCGGUGGGCUGGGAAACACACUGUUGCCUUCAAUGUUGUGAAAGGGACUAGCUAUCAAGGAUCCAUUUAUGAUGCCGGACCGACAUUUGAGUCUUAUGGAGUUCCCCAUGGCUCUGCAGAUCUGAUGAAGGCAGUUCCUGAUGAGCACAAGAAGUUUCUUGCUGAUACAGUAUGGAUACAUGAAGAGGAUAACGUCUCCAUAGAAACCAAAGAAGGAAUUCAAAAUUGCAAAUUAGUUGCUGUUCAUGCUGGUUUGGAGAAAGGCAAAGAUGUUCAAGAGCAGAUUAAAGCACUGAAAGCUAAGGAUACAAGCAUCCCUAAGGUGGCAGCUCUGAGUGGAAGGAAAGAUGUGUGGGAAAUUCCAGAGGAACUGACUAAAACUCCAACAAUUGUGGUAAGCGGUCACCAUGGGAAGCUCCACAUUGAAGGCCUCAGGCUGAUUAUAGACCAAGGUGGUGGCCUAGAAAAUAAUCCAGUUGCUGCAAUGAUACUCCCUUCAAUGAAGAUUGUUCGUGAUACAGAUUGUUUUAGUCAAGUGGCAUGACUGGUAUUAACAUGAUCUGAGUAGGGAAGGGAAAAAAAUCCUGAUCUUUGUGCAGAUGAGUGAGUUUUAAACAAUGAUUGGAUCUGUUGUUGCAUCUUUCUGUCACAACUACUAAUUAUAUUAUGAUUAAUGCUAUAAAACACAGGGUUUUAUUUUAUUUUCUUGAA